AUGCGCGGCGCGCAGUCCCAGCCGGACUUCGCCGGCAUCCCUCCGUCCCUCCGCCAGCAUGCGCGGAACCUCGCCAGCUGGUUCCCUGAGGUCGUGGCAGUCCUGGGCGCGGCCGACCUCGAGGACAAGUUUCGGCAAGGGGCCGUCCAUGUCCGUGAGCACGAGGCUGGGAAGACCGUCGAGGUGGUGCUCCCAAAGAAGGAGCCAAGCCACCAGCAGGUCUCUGUGCCCGCAGCAGCGCCCAGGGAUCUAAGCCAGCAGAUGGCCCGCCUAGACAGGCUGGCUGUCGACUUCGAAUCCCUGGCCGCUCAGCUCAGGGCCGUCAACGCGGCCCAAGAUGCCGGAGCCUCGCAGGCUUGCAGCAGCACGAUGCAGCCAAGGAGCGCACCCAGCGUGGACAACCGCCUCGAUGCAGCCACCGAGGAGGCUUAG